AUGCUCACAGUGAUAAAGCAGAGCGAGGGCAAGGAAGAUCGGCUAUUCUUUCCGAUGAAAAAGGUAAAGGAGAGAGGCAAGUCGGCAGGAGAUCGCGUGAGGGCGCGAGCCAAAAGAGUAACAGUCGACGCGAGCAGCGCACGAGACACAAAAGACGGCAUGACGAUCCGCGAACAGGAUUGGUUUGAGACCUUGGCGAGAAGACAGGAAAGGACUCUAAACUACCCUGUCCUCUGUCCUCUGUACCUGCGUACCAUCUUUGACCUUUCUGUUUAUGGUCCCUCGGAGGAGGGCCGUCCGUGGCCCGGAAAGGCAAUGUUCGUGUAA